UUAAGCAGAUCAUACGAAUACUUAGAUAAAUACAAAUUUCUUAAAAUUUGUGUUGCUACAUUGUGUGAUAGAUAUAACGUUACGAAAACCACUAGUGAGAAUUUUUCCUACAAGAAAUUAUCAUCACUCUUAUUAUAGUUAUUGUCAUCGGUGUUCGUGACUUGCCAAUCGAGACGGACGAGAAGGCUGUUAAGUAUUGAAAUGCCGUCAAUGAGCCAGCUUCAACGUAGUUGAUUCUACCGGGUCAUUGUACUUGUACUACUCUACUUUCUAAACGUAUAUCUGGAACUUGCUGAUGUAAAACAAUGGAUAUAGCAAUCUGUUCAACAACAGCUAAACUAGUGUUAUUAAUAAUAUUAGCAGCCGAUGAUAAUUUCUUUUUGUGUUUUAUAUCUUCUAAAAUACGUCACUUUUCUAUUUUACGCAAGCAGGCUCUGUCUAUCAUAGGAUAGAAACAAGCUAUAUCAGCUUUGUUGAAAUUUACAGGAAGUUGUAAAACGUUUAGCGUAGUAGUAGCGGCGCCGCUAGUUUCAUUAGCAAAGGAAAUAUCAUGACCUUGUGCGUUCGAGAUAAUUCUCACUUUGGCGGUGUUGGUGUUUUGUUAUCAUACGUUGGAUGCGUGCGCACGGGAACGCAUACAUACAGACCACCAUUUUGUGGCAUGUUAAAGUGGUUGCCGACGUCGUUAACACUGACACUUCCUCUAUUUUACCAUCACCUUCCUCCUCCCCCCACUUUUCCUCAUCUGCUCUAAAAGUUCCUGUUUAUUUAAAUGUUUGCCUAUUCGUCAUCGCUAAGAGGCCACCUCUGGCUGUUCUUCUACUUUGAGGUAUGUGUAACUCUUUUCUCUCGCGUGCGUUGCAAUCUUUUGCCUAGCAAGUUAACACAACAGGAACACUCCAGUCCUGGCACUGCGGAUUAUAGAAUUUCGGACGGCAACGUUUCUAGAAGGCCAUCAGCUGCGAGCUGUCUUCCCUAUAAGUCCGAUUUCUCUUUUACUUGUCUUUUUCCUUCACAUCCCCUACCAUCUUCUUAGAACCCCGUGUCGCCCGCCAAUGUUCCUCUUCGCCUCGAACGAUCUCUCGGCGAAGCACUCCGCAAUGCGGUCGCUCGUUUCGGUUAUACUGUACGGCGCCCUGCUCAUUGCAGUUGCCUUACCAGGUGCACGAGCUGGGCCUAGUAAUCUCUGCGAUCUGAGAGCGGACCCGGACGGCGUGCAGUGUGAAUGCAACGAGCAUAGGGUUGUUUGCGAGGUUACCUCUCCUAAUGCCACGUUUACAUCCUACCGAAGCCAGCUACAACAGGAGGCAUUAAAAAAACGUCGGGCUGCAGAAACACUUGAUGAGUUGGUGCUCCAGUCUUCUCGUAACGAGUCCUUUUUAAACGAAGUGCCCAGGGAUAUCUUAAAAGACCAGUUUCGUUUUAAGAACAUUUCUAUGGCUCGUGCCAAUUUAGGCCAUCUUGUAUCAGGAGCAGUUACAGGAACGCGUUUCCUUAAAAAACUUAGCCUAACCGCAUGCGGUAUCAGUGGACUUUUCCAAAACGCCAUUUCCAAGCUCCAGAAUCUUCAAGAUCUUGACCUCUCACAUAAUCAGAUUACAAUUAUUAGCUUUGGAGCACUUAAGGACCUACCGUCACUGAAGUACCUUACGAUAGCGCACUCUGAGGUAGAGAAUAUCGAGCCUCACGCAUUCGUUGAACUCACAUCGCUUGAGAAGCUUUCUCUCAAGGAUAACGAGAUUAAAGAAGUAGACAAUCUGCUGUUUACUGGAUUAUCAAAUUUGCGAGAGGUUGAGCUUAAUUAUAAUUACAUUCAAAAAUUGGACGACGAUACGUUCAGAGAUCUACCCCAGCUGCGGAGCGUCGACCUGAGAGGAAACUCUUUAACCACCAUUACUGAUAGCACAUUCCAUGGAAUGCAUAAUCUCAACUAUUUGAGUUUAUAUUAUAAUAAUCUUCAACAUUUGCCAGUGGGCUUUCUUAAAGACUCUCCUGAUCUCAAAGAACUCAACCUUGAGAAAAAUAGAUUGCAAGUCGUUACCUUGGAUAUGCUUCGUGGACUAAGGGCAAUUCGAUCUGACUUCACAUUACGCCUUAAAUCCAAUCCAUUAAUUUGCUCAUGCAAAUUGUACUACUUAACUGAACUCCGUAAACGACGGACAAAUGGUUUAAAGGAUGACCACCAGGAACCGUCCGAGUUCAAGAAUCUACAAUGCCGGCAGCGUAUGGUUGACCACGACGAGCCCCGAUCGUUCGACCAGUAUCUCGCAACGCUUCAGUGCGUAGAGGACCCAACGCUCAGUGAGCAUAUCGUCGAUCAGGCUGUCGUGGCCGGAGUACACACCAUGCCGCAGCCCUCGAGGAUCACGCUGUUCCUUGCACAGGUGUCAACUGCUCUGACAUCGUGUCUAAUUGUUCGAUGGCUACAUCUGCACUGAGCUAAUCUAGUUAGCUCAUAUAUGUACAUCUUAUCUUUAAUUUCUUACUGGAAGCAAUGGCCGUGUUUGCUUUGCUCCAAUCAACUAGCCAAGUUCGAACUCCGAAUGGACAUCUUUGUUGGUACCUUGGCAGCGAAACGUACGCGUACGUAAUCCGUAAUUCGAUCAUAAGACACGUGCAAAAGCAGCGCGAUUCCAUGCUUUUGGCGUUCGUCAUAUUCACUCAUUUUGCACGUCGUCGGCGAAUUUAUAAAACGCCGCACGCUUCCGAUCGAAAGCGUCACCACAAGUCAUUAUACGUGGAUCUCUGUUCGAUGUUAUUUCUCUGCGGUAAUUUCGCUUUUACUCUCCAGAACGAACAUGGGGACAGGGAAAUGCAGUUUAAUAUAAAAUGAAGAAAACAAUGUACUAGCUCGACUCUAGAAGAGGACCGAUGGGCGACAGAACAAGACGAUAUAUGUAAAGACACGGAUGCUACGCAGGUCUGAAAAAAUUUACUAGACAUAGACAACGAGAAUCUGCUCUGAAUAAUUUUACCGACUUUUAUAAAUUUUAACAAGUAGUAUAUUAUACGUUCAAGACACAUGUAGCGGUGAUGAAUGAAUGAAGAGAAACCUAGAUUAUAUGUGUAUAUACCUAUAUAUACAUGCACAUUUGCACCUAUCUACGUUGCUCUUUGUUCAUUUUACGAAGGUCUGUUUUUUAGAAACGUCUUCAACUGCCGCGAACUGCGUUACUGCACAGUGGGUCAGCACAGGUGCAAAGAAAAAAAACUCAUAGGUGUGAUAGAUAUCUACUGAAAAGUAAACGAAUAUCUAGUACAUAUGAUUAGAAUACAUUUUUUAGAAGAUCAAGCUAAGCUAAAUAAGGACAUAGUAUAUAUAUAUAUAUAUAUAUAUAUAUAUAUAUAUAUAUACAUAUAUAUAUAUAUACAUAUAUUUGAAUGAAUGAUAUAGUAUUAAUUAAUAGGAAAACCGUAUGAGAAGCGGUGGAUGCAUGCUAUACGCAAAUAAUGGGCCAUAACGAGACAAGACCUACGGCCGCGCAGGAUCUCGGCAAUGUAGGAAAUGUUUUUUUAAUCAGAAUAUGCUAGGCAGGCUAAGAAAUAGAAGAUCGGAAACAGUAGCGAACGCAGAGCGCUCGCUGAUAUGAUACACUAAAAAUAGCUGUACAUUACUUUUAGAUAACGGUUUCUAAUAUAAAAAAAAUAGCCUAUGAACUGAGGAGACUGGUAGUGCACGUCUGUAUGCUGACUCUGUUGUUAAGCAGCGAAUAAGAGAAAGGCAACGUUGAGUAAAAGUUACUCGGAACUCGAAACGCGUUAAGUCGAUUUUGUAGCCCAAUUGUAAACGCAAGCAGAAAAAGCGGACGGUAGAUAAGAAUAGAUCAUAUCAAGUGGGUAGGAAACGUUUUUGACGUCUCAUGGUUAAGAUUCACCAAAACAAGACGAAGAUAACGUACCGAACGAAAAUCAGAAUGGAAUAGUAGCUACUGUGCAUCAUGUGUACAUAAAAUGAAACGCUAUCAUUGGACCUUGUUUGUUCCGCAUUUGGCAUUUACGCAGGAGGAUUCAUUUAAAGAACACAUGUAAAGCGUAGAAAUAAUGACAGGGCGUGACACUGGGAUGAAAGAGGUGUGUUUAAGGUGGGACAUUGGUUUGGGCAGAAAUUUUGUGAGUGAUGUGGCCUGAAGGACCCAUGACGGCAGCAAUGGUUUACAUUGCUCUUCUGAGGGACGGCCCUAGCUAUUUUGGUCGUAUGCUCGAGCAAGUAUGUGCCUAUACGUGCGCACGUAAUUUCGAAUCUGUUAGAGACAUUUAACUUCAUAGAGGAAAGGCAAGACAACAAAAUAGUUCGAUCUUAUAUCACUAAGGACAGCAGAGUGUAUCACGCGGAGAGUGAAAAUAUAUUAUGAAAGGAUAUUAUUACCUGGUCGAUCAUAUUGUCGACUAGUAUAUUUAUUCUAGUUAGGUCUAGGAAUAAAAAAAGGGAAGUAAUAGUAAAGUAAAAAGCUGAUGUGAACAAAUAAAGGGUUCCUAUGUUAUUCAAAAAACUAGGCUUAUAUAACUCUCUUAUCAUUCAGCCAUCUAUAAUAGUUUUAUCAUUCAGAUGUCCAUAAAAUAGUGACAAGAUAGUUGUCUAACACAGCGUAUUCUUAAAAACGAGGAGACAGAGUGAGAUCCUUACAAGGAAACAAACGACAUUUUUGAGUAAUUUGUUAGCCGACAAAUCAACGUAGACAGGCAAACUUAAUGAUUUUUUAGUUG